UUAGUACACCUUUUUAAAAAAUACCUGACAAACUGAAAGUGAAAAUUGUACAUGUACAUUCUUCUGUCCCGCACUAAAAAUUGUGUGACGUCACGUAUAAGCAGUUUAUCAAUGGAGGAUAGAGGAGACACCCGUUUUACUAAUUGAGUCAAGAGAUUGGAUAGUAGUCGAAACUGUUUGGAUUGGACACAAUGGACCACCUCUCAUCUGUGCAUGAUAAUCCAUUUGUGCAGCGAUUUGGUCUUCCCCAUCAUGCACUAAGUGAAGAGGGUGCAUCUGUGCCAAGUUCAGCCAGCAGUGACCGUGAUGAUGAGGAACCCCAGCAGGAAUACCACGUCAACUCUGGCUUUGUGAACAAACUCAGGUCAAAGUUUUCACAACUGGAAAGUAAGAGCACAAAAAUUGGGCUUUCAAGGAGAUCUGCAAGUGUUGAAAAUCUUUUACAUGUAGGAGAAAGUUCUUCAAGGCCAAAGGAUGAGCGAGCUAAAUUUGGCGGUGUCAGGCGGAGCUACACUGAUGAUUUACCAGUGGCUGUCAAAGGUAAUGCUACAAUGCGAAACCUUGCCACAGUUGGUUACAAACCUCAGAUACGACCUCGCAGUAGUGAACUAGACAGGAGCAUGGGCAAGCCUCCUUUUGCAAAGAAAAAGGAAGUAGAAAGUUUGAGACAAAGUUAUACUGCAUUGACAAAUGUGAAGCCCCCCUUGCCCAAUAGGUCUUCUAUUGAUAAAAGCAAAAAGUAUGUGAGAAGUUCAAGUAAUGAUGCUAUUUUAAAGUCAAAACCAGAACAUCACGACUGGACAGUUGCACCAGACCUUGAAACAUUUGGGAGAGAUGAUAUAAUUAUUAUAGAACAUGAGCUUCAGAAUGUGGAUAAAGUAAAAAAUAAACCUGGAGUUUUUGAAAACAAAUCAAACAUAAGUGCUAGGAGAGGAAGUUUACAGGAAUCUGUGAUUGGAAGGGUAAAGUCUGCUGUAGAGAAGGAACGAGUUAGUGAUGAAAAUGAAUUACCGAAACCAAACACGGUGUCGGCAUUUAGAAAUUUAUUUGAGAAGACAAGUAAAACUGUUGAUACGCUGAAUGUAUGGAGGAACAGUUCCCCCACCAGAAAGUCAUCAGGGUCAGACACGAGAUCCCCGCAGGUUACCUCCCCUGCUGCAUCUCCAAGGUCCCCCCUCAUCAAUGUGAAUGAUGAAAAUGUGUUCGAAAACUCAAGAACUGUUAUCUCUAUAGAACAAGACAAGUCUUAUUCUCCGCGAGACACUUUUGAUGCAAGAAUAUCAAUCUCUGAUGGGAAUAUACCUACAGAUAACUCGUCUGCUAACACUGAAAAUGUAGACACAAGUUCAGUUUCUUUACAAAAAUCAAUAGAAGUUUUCCAACGGCGUUCAACAGAUAAACUUAGUGGUCCUGAAAAAUGGGGAUCUAAAAUUCGAAAUUCAAAAGAGCUGAGCCCAGAUCAAACAGAAAGUGUUCAACAAACUCUCACGCCUGUUAACCAUGUGUCUCAGGUUUUUGACUCCAAAUCUGUAUCAAAAUCAGAUCGACCAAUUCGGUCCAAACCUGCGCUUCCAAAAAAGAAAAAUCUGCCUCCAGAUCCCAUUGAGCUUAUACAUGAACAUAAACUAAUUGAAAAAGAGAAAAUAGAAGCGGAAAGGAUAAGGUUUCAUGCUCCUAAAGAUGUAGUUGAGCUAAAACAUGAACAUGACAAAGUUGAACAAGAAAGAAAAGGGAUUGAACAAAGAUUAUUGGGUAGUGAGGACAGUAUUAAAUUGGAAAAAGGAAAACCAGCGAGGCUCAACCUUGACAAGAAUGAACAAAACACUGGGGUGCUAAGUGAAGACCUUGUCAAACCCUCGGCAAACAAAGAACGUGAUAACUUGUCUCCAAGGCAAACUGAAAUAUUUGAUUCCAGUAAGAUCCUGAAAAAGAACAAAGAGCCACCAAAGUUGCCAUCUUCACCAGUUAACAGUCCCCUUACUGUAGAGCUCAUAAGCCAAGUGCCAAAUAGUUCCAAAGUGAAGACUAACACUUUAAGCUCUCCUAUUGCAACUAGCAAUAUUUCAUUCCCAAAGGAGCCAUCACCAGUAAAAAAAGGUAACGAUUUUGAGGCAAUGGGAGUUUCUUCUGGUAAACCACCAAAGAAAGAUCAACCAGCAGGGAGUGCAGGAAUGACUGAAAUAAAAACAAAUAUUAAACAAUCAAAAACUGUUAUUAACACACCUGCAUUCCCUAAAAUGGUUAAAACUGAAGCAAGGCCUCAGCCAGAUCAACGACCUAUGAAGCCUGCUGACAACAAGGAAGCGCCGGUGUCAGGAAUGUCCUCGUUCCUGGCCAACCGUCUGGGUAAGUCUGUAGAGCAGAGCAGCCAGCUAAAGACCUCCUCCAGUCACCUUGCCAACGGUUCAUUCCCAUCGCCUGUGCCCAAGAAGCGACAAGCACCUGAUGUGCCACUCAGUAACGGCACAGACACAAAUUCCAGAGAUUCCUCACCACCACCCCUUCCGAAGACUACAGAACCACCACUGCCUAGCACAAGUAUUGAUGAUGUCAUUAAGCGGCCUACUAAAAGCAAGAAAAUCCAGACUGCUACAAAAAUGGUGUUUGACUCGAGUAAGAUUGCUACUAAGAGAAAAGAACCUCCAAAACGUAGACCUACCAGAAAAACCUUGGAGCAGAUGAACAAAGAAGUGAAGCAAGAAGUUGUUAGUCUAGUGCCAAAGUUGGACUUGUCCUGUAUAACAGCCGACCCAGACACAGAGUACCAGGAGGGUUACAUACCCACAGAGAUCAGGCCGUGUCCCUACUUGUUCAUGGGGGCAGGGGUCACCAUCGGGAAGAGUCCUCUACACAGAACAAAAAAAGUUAAGGGAAAGAUAUCGUUCAGUGAGCUCCCUCAGACCCACGAGUAUGAGGGUGAGGAGUCUGCCCUCGCCAACUACCUAAUCCAGCACCCAGAGGAGAAGGAAGAUGUCCUCAAACAGGAGGAGGAGGUGGUGAAUGGAGUGGAUGGGGGCCAGGAGGACCUUCUGAAUGACUCUCCGCGAAACCCAGAUCAGCCAGACACGUCCAUCAAGGCCAACACUGUCAUCUCACACAACACAGGCGCACUGACAUCAUACAAGUCCAAGAUGCAGACAGAGGAUUUUCAGUUUGGCAUGCGCCUGGCAGAACCAGAGCCUGUUGUCAUGGACAACAGGGAUGAAGAAGUAGAUCCUGGGAGCUUGCAACUGCUGCCUGCCUCAGAGAGUGAAGUGGACGCAUUCUCCAGGGAGCUGGGGACGGUUACGGAUAUGCUGUUCUGACGACAGCCGCACGUAGGAUGAUUCUGCGACUAAUUGUCUCCUUUGAGAGAACACCUGCAUGGAGCUCCACAGAAAUCCAGCAGUAAAGGGGUGCUGUAAAAUACUGAUUUCAGAACAGACCGCUCAUAGCUUACUGAUAGAAUAUUCCAAUAACAUUGUUAUUAGUAGAAGUGAUGUAUAUAAUCACUAUUACUCAAAUUUGACAAUUUAGGCUAAAUGAAAAUAUCUUCCAGUAGAAAAACAGAUUGUGUUUAUCAACAUCUUACAUGUUGGCAGAAUGUUUGUGGAAGUUGUAUAAAAGUCUUAAAAUUGAUCACGCUAAGAGUUUACAAGUGCCAAUAUGUCCAUACAUUAUUUUGUAUUUCGUUUAUAUUACAAACUGUAUAAUGGGUGGAUAGGCUUUGUGGUUCUAUUAGAGUUAGAUAGAUGACAUUUAUGCUAUAAUCAUGAGUUUUUACAUUAUGUUUGGUUUAUGUAAGGGGGGGGGGGGGCUAUCCUGUUUGUGUUGCUUUUGGCUAACAUAGCUGGAUAUGUCUGUUCUUACUUCCUCGGCAGGCCCGUAUUGCAAUUCAGAGUACUUUGUUAUUUGUAAAAAAACACAUUUUAUAUAGAUGUAUGUAUUUUUGAGUUCAUACAGAUCAUUUGUAUAUCAUAAAUAAAUCACUCUCAUCUUUGUUCAUGUAGUCUCGUAAUGUACCAGUGUCUAUGAUGUUGUAAAAACUACAAUUAUGUGUAGUGUCAACUUUCUAUAAGAAGUAUUAAAUCAUUAAGGGUUAUAAGCACUGUUUCACUUUCAUAGCCAUGUCAUUUGUUAGUUCCAAAGUGAUUAAGACACAAUACUUAUUGCUUUUAGACUCUAUAGGCUUAAAUGUUACUUGAGUAAUAUUUGAAAUAAACCAUUAUUUGAGAACAACAUUCUAGAGUAAACAAACAAUUUUCCUUCGCGUCAAAACUCUGUGCAUUUCUAAGGAAGAAAGUAUAGAUGUGCUUAAAAGAUAUUUCCAGAAAGCUUGUUAAAGAUUCUAUUUGUCAGCAUUAGCUCAUACAAAUCCGUAUUUUACGGAAUGAGCAUAAUUAUUAGGAUUACAAAUUAUUAUUAGUGUUUGUAAGAUUUAUAAUGUGCACAAUGUUCUGAAGUAUCUAUUUGUCUUCCUGCUAUGUGGUUCUUUCAUUUUAAACUAUGCUGAGCAACGAUCCUGCUUGUCCCUUGACCUAGCUGUCUCCUUUCCACUCAUGUUAGUGUCCAGUAGAGAAUAAUAUAUUUUGAGCUGUAUGCUAACAUUAUAAGUUGCAUCUGCAAUAUACACUUGUUACUUGUUGUUAAUUUUUCAUUAUUAAUAAUAAUAUAUAUAUUAUUAUAAUGAAUCGUCUUAAUCAUAACAAUUAGCUGUAAGGGAUAAGUAAAUUGUUUGAUUUCUGUGCAAAUUGAUGAAUACUUCAAUCAAUACAACUCCUGUCUCCUUCCAUCAUUUCCCUGUUACAGUGCUUUCUAUAAGUCUACUUAGAAGACCCGCUACCUGACCAUCUAAGAAAUAUACCAGCUACCUGAAAGUUUUUUAUCCUUUCCUGUGGUCAUGUUUAAAAAUGAAAUCAUUAUAAAAUUAAGGGGUUAGGAUGUUAAAAAAACAACAACAAAAAGCAUGAAUUAAAACCAAACUUACCUACCCAACCCUCGACUAAGGCCAAAAAAAGUAUCUUGUUGUUUUGGCCUUAUUAAAGUUAAUUUCUGUGAAGACAUCUAGCAUUGUUUAUUAUUUCAGUGAAAUGUAUGUUUUUUGACUGGAAGAAACUUUCCAGGAGCACAGUUACAAUGAACAUUCAAGACAUCUUGAAUAUUCCCUGGGUUUAAUUUGCUACAUGUUAUAUUUAUACCUGCACACUUACAUUGGACACCAAAUACUUACUUUGCUUUAUACUUGCUCCAUUAUGCCAGACUGUACCGGUUUGUUUUCAUUGUUGUAGUUUGCUACAUGAUCAUUUCACAUUCCCGAAGUUUUCUGUAGAUAUGAGUUGCUGCCGGCUAGCAAAUAGUGCCUUGGCACGGAGACAUUAACAAAUGGGAUUCAUCAUCUGCUUAUCAAAAUGAAUGCACUGUUCUGUUUAUUUUGUUUUGCAUAAUUUCAUUGCCAUUUGUGUAUACAUUUUCAAUGACACAGUUUCAUUUUCCCCACUUGUCAUAUUCCACGAACGCAGUAGAAUUUGGUUAGGGCGCUUUUCAUUCCAGGCCAGCGUAUUAUAUGCACAUUCCUUAUAGAUUUUCGCUAGAAUGAAGGCAUUCCAUCCCACUUAAAAUACUCAAAAUUCUUAACUGAAAUUAUUAAAUGUAUUUAAGUUAUAAAGAAAGUUGUGAUUUGAUUGAAACUGUUACUUGAAAUUUAGUGGAGAAUGAUUCCCUUACAAUUCAUACAGUUUAAGAAUUUUUUGCUUUGUAUUUUAGAACAAGAUAAACAAUGGUCAUUCCUUAAAUGAAUAAGGAAAGUUGAAGUCGCAAACGCUUAAAACUAGAUUAAACAUGAAUAGUGUGUAUGCUGUCUAUAUAGCCUAACUGUGAAGGUAUUUGUAAUAUUUAGAUGUAUAUGAGAUUACAUUAAAGACACAAGCCACACUAAAGUACUUAAAACAAACCACAAGCACAGUCAUUGCAUUAUAGAUGUUCUAUUGACCAUAUGGCUGUCGUGUGUUUUAACCAUAUGACAUACAUAACCAUAUGACAUACAUGUGUGUUGACCAUAUGACUUACACAUAUGUGUUGACCACAUGGCUGACAUGUGUGUUGACCAUGUUGACCAUAUGGCUGACAUGUGUG